GUUUCGACAGAAUAACGCAAUCUUCGGCGCAGACGGCUUGGAGUGAAACUGAAAACUUUGGGCCUGCUUGAAAAUUUCACGUCUGUGCAAGUGAGUUUUGAACUAGCAGCUGCACACGACUUUGCUUUACUUCACUUCCAGCUUUACCGUCUGUCUCCGUAUUAUGGAAUCGUAAACUGGAAGAAAAACUAUAAACAUGAUAGAAGCCCCCUGCUAGAGUGGAACACGAUCAUCGAACUUACAAGCCAUGCCCUCGUUCGCCGGUGCGGUUGUGCCGCCAAAGCAUCGUCUCCCUGCCGCGACCAUCUGUCAUAGUGACCAUCUCACGGAUCAUGGGGCUCCUGUUGCAACAAGCGCUGUUAACCCUCUGGACUACUGCCACCGCGAUGACGAUGUGCGAUUUGAUCAAACUUACACGGAGGACACGUGCAACACCCGUCCCAGUCGCGGCGCUCUCAGGACGUCAGCUACCCCGACAAGCGAAGACGAAUGUCUCAGCUACGGGGCGUUAAUUGUCUUCCACGUGAGGCAGCUUCUCCGUAGUUCCUCUGCGUCCUCAAAUGCUGAUCUUCAGGACGCUGAAGGUCUAGAAGAUUUCUGCAUGGUGCCUUCGCCGGCGAACACGAACAGCGGCAGCAGAACGAGAGCUAUGCCUACGCUGUUGAAUGAUACCUAUCGCGACUCAGUUCAUCAUGAUCUUUCCCACCAACUGGACCAAGCAGCAACAGCGACGAGGCCUGUAAAUACUACGGCUGGCACCUCUACUCGGACCACAUCGAAGAAGCGCCGCUCCUUGCUGCAAAACUGGAAGCGCGCAGGGAGAUUUCUUUUCCAAACGACAGCCUGCGUCACCGCUCUCGUCUACCUAUUAUCCACUGAUGUGGUUUUCACAGAUAGUCCUGGCAGGGAUGCGACACGAUUUUCGUCGACUUCUGAUGCUGUCGUUGGAACAAGCGUUGGGGCCGCAACUACACUCGGGAGUGAUAUAACCGGCGGCGUAAAAAUUCACGGCGCUCCUAGUGCAUCUUCUUUCCUAUUUUCACCGUCGACAACACUGCACAACGCGGCCCAGCAUUUCUUUCUGUCGCUGUUCACCUUCUACUUGCUGAUUCCAGACGGGGCCCUUCCGCUGCUGUUGAUGGCGCUCUUUUACUAUCAAAUGUAAAAAUGUCUGGGUCUGGAAGAAUGCAAAUUGUCAUGCUAAAUCUGAAGCAUGCAAAAAUCUGUGUUGCAUGAUUGCCAAAGUCGUCCAGUUUUGACCAAGUCGGGAGGGAGUUUCUUAUGCAGGAUAGGCAUGAGAGAGAUCGCACAGAAUCUGUCAUGCUAGGUCCUGCAUUCCAGGCCUCAUGGAUCAUGAAAAAACUGCAUGACAAAUCGCGCAUUCUUCCAGACCCAGACACUUUUGCAGUUGAUAUUUACUGUCUCGGCGUUGGCGUCGGGAUGUACCUCAUGCGGGGGAUCAUCGAGAAAGAGUUGCUGCAGACGAUGGACAGAAUUGGUGGAGGAUCUUCGUCGACAUCAACUGCAAUUAUUUCAAGUGGACCUCCACAAAAUAAAGCUGCGCUCGUGAACACGUCCAACCCGAUCGUGGUUUACUCCCGCCUGCUCGAGCCGGUGAAAUCAUUCCUCCAUUUUUCGGCACUCGUUGUCGCCAUUUUUCUGCGGCGCAGAGUGGACAUUCUGAAGGACGCCCUCUUUCGCAGCAGCCGGGAAGUUAUCAAAUGUAAAAAUGUCUGGGUCUGGAAGAUUUCUAGAUUUGUCAUGCAUAUUUUCCAUGAAGACCCAUGAUGUCUGCGAUGCAUGCCGUAGCAUCACAGAUUUUUAGAGGGCUUUGUGAUGCCUCAACAGCGUGAGAAAUGACCUCUCCGCGUAGCACAAACUGGAGUCCUCUUGCUGGUCAUGCAAUACAAAUUUUUUCAGAAUCCAGAGACAGCAUCACAAGUUUAGAAUGUUCCAGACCCAGACAUUUUUACACUUGAUAGAAGUAAACGACACCUGGUUUUUCGACGACAACGUGAACUUUCUGGGACUGGGUAAGGAUGAAUACGCCGGGAAAGAAGACGUGGAUGUGUGAUAAAGAAGUACUUGUGCACCGGCAGAAGGCAGCAAAAGAAAAAGAUAGCCUAUCGUCCCUUUCUUCAGGAGCUCUUCGAUUUUCUUCAAAAAGACUUUCUUAUGUGACUUGCAAAAAGCCACAAGGACAAGAAACCCACAGGUGGAUCGAGCAAGAAAAAAUAUCAAUUGUUGAUGCGGUGGAUGAAGUGAAACUGAAACAGAAACUGAUUUUCUCUGAAGAAUCUGACAACGCUGACAUAGCGUAAAACCGCAUACAUAUAUUGGUUUCAUUGAGGAUGAUGAUGAUGAUGGAGACGAAC